UUUUGGCCCGGUAGCGCUUGAUAGGACCUGGGAUUGGCGGUGACACAGGACGCCGAUCCUGUGCUGGGGACAACAGGCAGGGGAGGACAAUGGAGUCCAGGGAACCCAGCAUAGAGAAGAAGGGGCCAUAUCUGAUGGGAAAGGGGCCAGCGAUUCAGGCCAAGCUGCAAAGGCAACGGGAAUUGGCACGAGCCGCCCUAAAGAAAAAAGGAGUGCUGGGAGCAUCUGGCAAAGGGAAGGCCACGUCCCAAAGGUCGGUAAAAUUUAAUAAGGGAUAUGCAGCCCUAAGCCAAGCCUCUGAUGAAACACUUGUAUCUCUGGACUCGGAUAGUGAUUGUGAGCUUGAAUCAAGAUGUUCCUCUGGGUAUUCAUCGGCAGAGCAGAUAUCACAAGACUUGAACCGACAACUACUCCAGGAUGGAUAUCACUUGGAUGAGAUUCCAGAUGAUGAGGACCUUGAUCUAAUUCCUCCAAAGCCUGUGCGCUCCAUGUCCUGCUCCUGCUGCUUAGGGGAAUCUUGGUCCUGCACCAUCCAGUGAUGACAAAUGGGAAGGUUGCAUUGCUUAGUCCUAAAAAUACCCUCUUACUACCACCUCGCAACUUUUAAGGUCAAUGAUCAGACAGUAUAGAAGUGGCAGGGUGACCUAAAAUACCAAAAAUGGGGCUGUACUUCUCACGUUACAAAACAUUUACCAAAGGUGAUUUGGUUGUGUUACAUGAGCAGGUGAAAUGAUUUUUCUAGUUCGAGUUUCCAUCUUGUACCUUUUUGUAUAGGCCAGAUUUCACACGGUGUAACUCGCUUCUUAUAUUGAAGGUCAUGUGUAAUUAUUAUCCAGUAACACCUGUGAAUGUAGACUGUUGGUGAGCCUAUACCUCACAACCUUAGCAGUAGGACAUAUGGACUCAUUUUGGACCACCUGCUAUUCUACAUAGGUCCUAAAUCUGGUUCUUUGCCUGUUUGAGUAUGUCGCUUUAGAUGGCUGGGGGUCUGGAUCAAUCUAAUCUGUCAGCCUAUUUUAACUAGACUGUCUAGUCUAGAACGUGGUUUCACUGCAAACACUCUACAUGUUACAGCAACAAGAUAACCAAAUGAAGUUACUUAAUGGUCAAAGGCGUGGUAAGCAGGCAGAGAAACCAAUCUUGUUACAUACAAAUAUUAGACCAACCAUCAUGUUAUGAGCUCUAAAAUAAGUGAACAGCAUAUGCUGUUCUGUAAUUAAAUGUUAAAUUUCAAACAAAAUGCACUGACUUUUGUAAGAAGCUGCUCAUGCAGACACUCUUGUGUCUGUCAAAAAAACAUGUGGCUUCUAUUAUGCACCAAAAA